AUGUUUGAAUCACUAUUGAACGAGUACUUCGACAAAACCUUAUAUAAGGAAUGGUCGAUUGUUAAUGUCUUGCGAUACGUAGAGCCAAAAACCGAAUUAUCUGAAUAUACAAUCAAUAAUACCCUCAAGGAUGACCUUUAUUCGCUACUACAGAGUUUAGGCGGAAAAUGCUAUGCAAACGAGUAUGCCAAAAAAAAGGCGAAGAAACUUCUGUCAAACUAUGAUAAGAUAUUCUCUUCAGUCGCUGUAAAACGUUUCAUCGACGAAAUUGAAUUAAAAAAUGAAAAAAAGGAAUUUAAUGUGGUGAUAAGACGAAAUGUUGCAUCUGCAAGUACGCUACAAGCAUUAGAGGAACAUCGUACGGCCAGGACAGAAAUCGAAAACAUACGCAACGCGAAUGUAAAAGAAGCUACCGAAUUAGUACCUUUAAAGCGAAAAUCCUCCUAUCCACAUGAAGACGAAAGAAAGAAAACUAUAGUUAUAGAUAAUGAUAAUGAAAAAUAUUAUGAGUCAAUGUGGAGUUCUGAUCCCAUAAAUGAAUUUUUUUCAUCUGCAUCAGGUGGUGCUUCGAAUCUCUUUUCUGAAAUCAUUUCAGAUGUGCAUAAUGACACCUCAACUAAUGAAAAUGAGCAAGUAUCGUCGUCUACAACUAAUGAAAAUGGUACAGUGAUGAUAGAGAGCCCAAGACAAAUACUGCCAUGUAUUCUUAAAUCCAACGAGAACUUUACCAAUAGUUUGGAGCAUGAUUGCAUUGUUAAAACAUUUCAAAAUGAUGUGCUCAAAUCAGUGUGUUCGAAAGAAGACUGGGUGCAAAUCCGAGGCAAGCAACUGUGUCUCGCAGAAGAAAAUUUACUGGAGAGACUUAAACCCAUUUUUCAAGAGAAUGAAAACGAUAAGCGGUCUCUAUUACAGAAAUUUGCGCGAGUUUGGGUCGAUAUAGGUGAAAAUGAGAUUACCAUAUUUGAACAAUAUUCGUUACUGGUCACACAUAUCUUUAUUAGUGAAUUUGAAAGUAAAAGAAAUAUCAUCUCACACCCUUCGACUACUGAAGCUAUGUGGAGUACAGUCGAGUUGGAUUCAACAGCAUUAAGAAAAGACGGUGGCCGGGAUAUUCUUACUCUUCCAAAAGUUUCAACGGGUCAUAAGGGGGAUGGGACAGGACUGUCGGAUGACGGACACGAAAGCUUUGUUUUAGAAAUAUCUUUUGCACCACAAAACCAAGAUAGAAGGAAAACAGCCGAAGAUCUUUACAAGUUACUUCGAGAAAUGAGGGAUAUGCUUCAUACGUCCAAGAAAAAAAAGCGUGAACUAGGCUAUAAGAUACCUAAGGAUGGUUUAUGUGUGUACGGUUCACAAUGUUACGGAUAUACACAAGAUCUAUAUGAAAUGGAGUAUAUUAAGCCCUAUUAUGUAGUUCGAAAAAUUGGAUCAAUGAAUUUUUCAAAUAAUAGCAUUACAAAACUUCCAUUCAUUCUGCGAAUGAUGUGGGCAUUCAAAGAAAGGGUUACUUUCGCGAAUCAGGUCUGGGAUAAUUUAGAAAGCCGAUAUGAAAUUAAUGGUUCACUAGAAUCAUCCGACGAAGGAGACUGCUACACGAAACAGACCCCCAAAAAGCGUAACAAUUAA